CCGAGUGCAGUACAAUAUGAGUGAAUAUUGGCAAAUGCCUCCACUAUUUAUGUACGAGAGCUUCGAAGGCUGUCUCAGAUCGAAUCCGGAAGGAGUUUUCUGUAUUGUAAAAAGUGUGCUGAAACCCAACAACCAUUCGUCGCUAUGGAGAACGGUUGAAAAAUAUUCAAAGUAUCCAUAUCAAUAUCAGCAUAGUGUUCUAACGCGCGGAAUUUGCCUACAACAAUGUGAAGAUCUGGUGAAAGCACUUUCCGGUCAGCAGAGAGAGCAAUUCUUGCAGCCCAAGUUCGACGUAAACUAUAAGUACAUUAUCAACGAUUGGUUGCUACCCAAAAUCGAUUAUUACAGGCAGCGUUACGGUAUUACGGUGAACAUCUGUCAAAACUACCGAAUGCAUCUCAAUUAUAAUCUUAGCGCAUUCACAGAAAUAGAACAUUGCACCACCAAUAGUACUAUAAGAAGAAAAACAGAUUACUUGGACAUUUGUUUUUACGUGGUCAUUGUACUGCUGCCAACACUCGCGGUUGCUUGUACCAUUUACGAUGCUAAACUAUCGAAUGAUCACAAUCACUAUCGGACGCCACUGAAGGACCGAUCAAGUAACAUAUUAACUGCAUUCUCCCUGCGAAGAAACAUCAAUCGACUGACGAUAAAACUGAGCUCCAACCAAAUACACCAGGAUUUGCGUUUCCUGGAAUCAAUUCGGGUGUAUGUUAUGACUGCCAUCACUUUCAGCCAUGUGAUCAUUGGGUUGGGUAUGACCACUAGCCAAAACCCGGAAGCGAUGGAAAAGUUACUUUCCAAACCCGGAGUGCAAAUGUUCUCUUCACUGGCACCAUUCGAAGUGGAUAUAUUUUUCGCCAUCAGUGGACUCCUACUAUCGGUACACUUUCUUCAGUACACCGACGGUAAGCGGUUCGGUUUCAAACCAUUCUGGACGGGUGUGGUCAAUCGGUAUCUACGCUCCAUUCCGAUGUACGCCCUAAUCAUGCUGUUCACCACUUCGAUGUACGAUCGGCUGCAGGUCAGCCCAUCGGCGUACAAAAUUAUGUCAAUGGUUCGAACGAUUUGCCGGGAGAAAUGGUGGAGUAACCUCCUGUUUAUCAAUAACUAUUAUCGGCCAGAAGAACAAUGCUUAAUUCAUUCGUGGUAUUUGGCAUCUGAUUUUCAACUGUUCAUUGUUGGACUAGUGCUGAUGAUGAUAAUUUGGAAAUAUCCCAGCGUACAACGACCGAUGGUUUACAGCAUCCUGCUGAUUGGAUUCAUACUUCCAAUGGUGAAUAUUUAUUACCACUCGAUGGACGCCGUAAUGCUGUUGACGAAUAAGGGAAAUGCCUUCCAACUGUGGUACGAUGAAUGGUUUAUACGAACCUACCAAGCGACCGAAAUGCACUGCUUAAGCUACUUUACAGGAAUGGUAUUAGGAAUUAUUUAUCACAAAAUGCAAAUCAACGAUUUGCUGCUAGCAAAAUCUAGGAUCUACAGAACUCUUCAAUACGUUGUGCUGCCAUUAGUAAUUCUGUUUUGCAUACCGGCACCGCUGUUCCAGCAGUACAAUUUUAGCAAACCAUCUCUAUGGAUGUCCUUCUACGCAGGAUUGCACCGGUUGGCGUUCAGCGCCUUCAUUAGUAUUUGGUUUUUGCUAUUCAUGUUCGCCGAGCGGGACAGCUUUUUCGGAAGACUUCGAAAAUCCAAACUGUUUGAGAAUGCAUUCUAUCGAGUUUUGAGUCGACUUAGCUUUGGAUUCUAUCUAAUACAUAUGAAUGUGAUGAAAACGCUCUACGGGAACCACCACGAGGCACUGCGAAUCUCACUUGGGCUGGUGGUUUCGGUAUUCUGCUCAGCCACACUGAUCACCUACACGCUAGCAUUGCUAGCGUAUGUCCUGGUGGAGAAACCAUGUGAUAUUAUUUUCAAACAGCUGAUGGGUGGCGGCGGUGGCAACCGUGGAACGAGACCCAGCGAACAGAAAGGGGUGAUCGCAGGGGGUGGAGCUGCUCAAACGGGCAACGACAAUAACAACAGCCAUCGUGAUCCUCUAGAGUUCGAUCAGCAGCGAAGUAGAUCCACGCCGUAA